ACGAGGUGAGAACGCUCGUAGGCAGUGAAACGAAUUUGCUUUCGCCGUACGCGUUAGAGAGCUAAAUGUAGAAACCGGCUACCCGGACCGCGGCUCCUACCCCGCAUUAACGACAUCUGCAUCAACGCUUGCUUGGAAUCAAGAAUCACCGUUGUCAACGUUGUCAACCGCGACGACGCGACUGCAUACAACAUGUCCUGCGCUCAUCACCAUCAGCAGCAGCGUGCAGGAGACUACCCUGCCCAGAAUUAUGGUCCAGGGAAGAAAUGGAUCAAGAAGCUCACCAAGGACCGUCUGAACACGUUCGUUGGAGGUCACUUCCACGAUGUGAACUUGUCGUCAAUGUUAUUCGUCCACCGGUUGGAUGAUUCACAUCACGUAAAACUUCAUGUAUGGAGUGCGCCGGGACUCACCAAGCCCUCGUUUGAGGAAGCUAUGAAGCAGAAGUUCAAGCCUGCAAAGAAGGGUGAUUCCUUUGGACCUUCUUGGACGAAUCAUUGGUGGAAGGUUGCCCUUAGCAUCCCCUCGUACUUUGAGCAGUAUGAGCGAGUGCAAUUCGAGUUCGAUCCUGGCUGUGAAGCCAUGAUCUAUAGCACGGACGGAACCCCGUUGCAAGGUAUCACAGGAGGAUAUGGAGGUGACCGUCGCGUCGAGUAUAUCAUUCCACCUGACUCUCGGAAGGCUGGCAAACACGAGUUCGUGAUCGAGUCUAGUUGCAAUGGCAUGUUCGGUGUGCCUUGGGACGGAGACAGCAUAUCGCCUCCAGAUAUGAACAGGUAUUUCUCGCUCGCGUCGGCUGACAUAGUGGUCCCGAACCAAGAAGCAUGGGGACUUUUGGCGGACUUCACGACGUUGCGAGAAAUCGCAGAUACCCUUCCUGGCAAUACCUCACUUCAGAACAAAGCGCUCACUGUAGCGAACGAUAUAAUGAAUGUCUUUAAUAACCGUGACUUGUCAAGUAUUCCUCAAGCGAGGAAGCUCGCCGAGCAAGUCUUCGGUGAAGGCUGGGAAAAGAAGGGUGAAAAGAUUUACGAGGAGGGUACUGAGAAGGCUCAGAUUUGGGGUAUCGGGUAUUGUCAUAUUGAUACUGCUUGGCUCUGGCCUUAUAGCGUCACGCAGCAGAAGGUUGCGCGUUCGUGGUCUACGCAGGUCGACCUCAUGAACCGUUACCCAGAGCACCGUUUCACAUGCAGUCAAGCACAACAAUACAAAUGGCUCGAACAGCUUUACCCACCUCUCUUUGAACGCGUCAAACAGAAAGUGCUGGAAGGGAAAUUCCACCUGGUAGGUGGUUCUUGGGUCGAGAAUGAUGCCAACAUGCCUUCGGGAGAGGCACUAGCGCGACAAUUCCUUUACGGUCAAAGGUACUUUGAGGCAAAAUUUGGCAAGAGAUGUGACACAGCUUGGUUACCUGAUUCUUUUGGGCUCACUGGAGCGUUGCCUCAGUUGAUACGACAGGCGGAUAUGAAGUAUUUCUUCACGCAGAAACUGUCUUGGAAUAAUAUCAACGUCUUCCCUCAUUCGACUUUCAACUGGGUCGGCAUUGAUGGGUCCCAAGUUCUCUGCCACAUGACGCCAGUUGAUACAUACACUGCUCAAGCUACGGUGGGCGAUGUCCAUAAGGGUAUCACGAACCACAAGAACUUGGAGUCCUCUGAUAUUUCGCUCUUGGUCUUCGGUAAUGGGGAUGGCGGAGGAGGACCUCUCGCAAAAAUGUUGGACAAUUUGCGUCGUACUCGAGCAGCUAGUAACGAGUCUCGAGAGCUUCCACCAGUCGAUAUGGGUCAUUCCGUUGAGGAUUUCUUCGACACUGUCUUGAAGGAUUCCAAUGCUGGUGACAAGUUGCCUAACUGGAAGGGCGAGCUAUACCUCGAGUUCCACCGGGGCACGUAUACCUCACAUGGAUCAAUCAAGAAGGGCAAUCGCAAGUCUGAGAUCCUACUUGGGGAUGUCGAGCACAUUGCGACGCUCGCGUCUUUGUACAAAUUCCACAACUCGGACUACGUGUACCCCAAGUCUACUAUCGAUGAUUGCUGGGAGAAGGUUCUACUGAAUCAAUUGCUUCCUGGAUCUGCGAUUGGCAUGGUAUACAAAGACGCAGAGAUUCUGUACUCUGAAGUCCGUAAAGAUGGCAAGCGUCUCAUCGAGGAAGCAUUUAAAGCACUUUUCCCUACCUCAGCGCAAAGCGGGCCCGGAAGCAUCAUUGCCUAUAACUCUACGUUCUUCCCACGUCGCGACGUUGUGAAAAUACCUCUGAAGGGUAGCGCAUCGCGUUUGAGGUCUCAGGUUGUCCAAGCUUCAAAGGACGGUUCGUGUGGGUAUGCCUUGUUGGACGGUACGAAUGGUGGCCACAUCUCGCAUUGUACUGGGUUGUUCGCAGAUUGCAUGCCGGUCUCUGCGUUCACCAAUGGCACCGAUCAUUUCGUGCUAAGGAACUCUAGUGUGCAAUUGACUAUCUCUGAUGGUAGAAUCUCAAGUCUCAUCGACGUUGAACUUGGGCGUGAAUUGAUUCCGAAGGGUCAAACGGGCGGUCUCGUCAUCUUUGAUGACCGACCUAACUACUGGGAUGCAUGGGACGUCGAAAUACACCAUCUCGAGACCGCUGAACCGCUGAAGUUUGCGAACGUGUCGGUGGUAGCAGAAGGACCUCUUCGUGCAUCGCUGAAGGCAGAAACCACGUAUGGAAAUAGCAGAAUUAGUGUUACAAUUUCACUUGACGCUAUCGCAGCAACCGUCAAGAAAAAUUCCCGGUCUUUCUUCGUCUUCGAUGCUGAAGUCGACUGGCAUGAACGUCACAAGUUCCUCAAAUUCGAGGUUCCGCUCGAUAUUCAUAGCGAAAGUGCAACUUACGAGACGCAGUUCGGUCACGUUCAAAGACCCACGCAUAAGAACACAACUUGGGAUGCAGCCAAAUUCGAAGUUUGUGGCCACAAGUUCGCAGACUUGAGUGAAUUUGGUUAUGGAGUCGCGAUUUUGUCGGAGUCAAAGUAUGGUUUCUCGUGCAGGGGAAACGUAUUGCGUAUCUCUUUGCUCCGAGCUGCAACGGCGCCGGAUGCAGAUCAAGACAUUGGAAGUCACGAGUUCUCGUGGGCUCUUAUGCCUCACCAAGGUCACUUCCUGGAAUCCGACGUUCCGAUGGCUGCAUACCUAUUCAACUCCCCGGUUUAUGUUCGUUACGCGCCUGAGGAUCUCGCAAACUUCCCACUCGUACAAGCUCGUCCACUCUUUACGCUUCACGGCGCACACAAUGUCUUCCUGGAGACCAUAAAACGCGGGGAAGACGACAAGUUCAGUCCCCAGAAUGACUCUUCUCCUACAGUCGUCUUGCGAUUAUAUGAAGCAUUUGGCGGUCACGCACGUAUCAAGCUCAAGAUCGCCAGACAUUUCCCCGUUGUCAAAGCUACCGUCACGAACCUCCUGGAAGAUGAGAUCGAGGACCUGCAACUCUUGCAUGCCGAACAGGCUGAAGAUCGCUUAACGUCUGUAUCGCUCGACUUCCAUGGUUUCGAGGUGAAGACUGUCAAGUUGACGCUUGGUUCAUUUGCGGGGCUUAAGGAGGAUGUUUCUUUAGGCGUGAACUUAAGCGCGAGAGCUGGGUAACUAUCGACCAUUAGAGCUUUUACGGACUCGCCUGCUCUUUUAUACGAUUUUAUACCCGCAGUUUUUCUUUAGUUUGUACUAGUACAUUUCGCGCAUUUGUGUGUCCCUUCGGGGUUGUAUCACUACCCUGUGAAAUAAAUGAACGUUUUGUACCCAUACUUUCAUCAUCUACCCUUCGUAUGAAUAGACGUAUUGUACAACCCAUAAGGGCGUGUUAUUUGGUGUGUUAUAUAUAAUACAAUAUACAUGAAGCAAAGAAAAAAGGUCCC